AUGAGCUAUCCAUCUCGUCACAAUCUUCUCUGCAGCUGCAGUCAUGAUGUUUCACAGAUCAUAGACUUUAUAAAGAACAUAAUCGAGACAUGUAUUCAAAAGUACAUGAGUUUGGAGGAAACGGUAACAUAUAUGGAGGACAAUCACAAGAUUAGUCACCAUCUCACCAAACCAAUAUGGGAGCAGCUUCAGAAAGAGAGUCCAGAGUUUUUCAACAAGUACCACUUAAAACGCGAAUUAGCGCGUCAAAUAACGAUGUUUAACAGUUUACUUGGAAAGCAAGUUUCUCUGAUGGUCGAGCAUGGAGCUCUUGAUAUCAAUACUGCAUCAUCUGAUAUGUCAGAGGUGAGUCUUUCAAGCUUGGCAAUGUUGGUAUUAGAUGAUACAAAUGGUCCAACAGUAAACCGGUUGCCGAUUCCUGAUGGUCAACAAAAUCAUCUUCAUCAAAAUCAAUGGUCUACACCAAAUAAUCAUGCUUGUACCAAUCUUGGAGCUCCUACUGUUCCACCGGCAGCUAAUGAUCAAUGGUUUCCUUAUAGUGAUCCUGCGUGUACCAAUCUUGGAGCUCCUACCGAUGCACCAUUUAAUUUAAACCCUUUUACAUUGAAUCAUUUGUAUGAAUCACUCUUUUUUUUUUCCUCCAUAGAUUACGAUCCUGUAUAUUCAGCCGUUGCACCAGUAGCUACUGCUCAAUGCCCAACAUCUAAUGAUCUUGUUCCCAUAGAUACUAGAGCUCUAACUGUUGCAAAAGCACCUACUGCGGCAUUUGACCAUUUUACAGAUGAGUUUGGAGACGAUAUUGAAAAUAGCGUCCCAAAUUUCCAGCAGAUGGAUCCUUCAACAGCAGAACAACUGACGCAACUCGAGCACCUGCUAGAUGACCAAUAUGGACAAUACGAACUGCCUUUGGAGCUGCAAACACCUGAAUAUGAAGCAAACAACAACGGGCUACAAGGAGUAAUACCGCAGCAACAACGUCAUCGUUAUCAUCAGGAACAAGAGACAAACCAAACACAAAGAGAUCCUCUGAAUUGAAUACCUGUUCAAUCUGAAGCUUUAAACCAUUCAGAUAGUGGUGAUAGCACACUAACAAUGGCUCAGAACCAGAAUGGUCUCCAAAGGCAACAUGAAUGGAUAACCUGGUCUCUGAAUGAGUGGAGCAAUAUCAGAGUGAAAUGACAAAAGAAAUUUGCAAACAGUAGGGGAUUUAUCCUCUGUCAAUUUACUUCUCUCUCCCUAGAUUAGCUUUCUUGGUUUUUUUCCUUUUUAUGGUGUGACAAACCCACAAGAUUUUUAGCAAGUUUCUUGCUACUAUAGUUUAAGAACCCAAAACUAUUGCAAAGAUAGGAUCUUUCGAGAAUUAGAAUUGAAACAGCUAUAUAAUCUUGCUACAUUCACUAGCUCAUACACCCAAGUUCAAACAUAUGCGUGAUCAAGCCACAAACCCAAAAUUGGAAAAGGUCGAAAGAGUUGGCCGUUGAUACGUGCAAGCCACAAAAUUGGAAAAGAUCACACACCCGCGUUACUGAACAUAUACGUGAUCAAGCCACAAACUUUUUUUUUA